UCUCAAUGGGGCCCCAUUGAGGUUCUAACGCGAGUGACGCCAAUUUACUUCAUUAUUGCUAGUAUAUUAUGACGUAGAACUGUAGAUCGCUGAUGUGACGUCACACGAAUUAUACAGACAACCAUGCCGCGAAAGGAGCGACGAAGAAAAUUGCUUAAAAAUACUUUAUUUCAUGAAGCUAAGCGAUGUAAAAAGCUAGAUGGUUUUUUAAAUUUGGCCUGCACUGGUAACACAGUUUCAACUCAGGAUGGAGUCAUUGCUACUGGUAACACAGUUUCAACUCAGGAUGGAGUCGUUGCUACUGGUAACACAGUUUCAACUCAGGAUGGAGUCGUUGCUAUGUGUAACACAGUUUCAACUCAGGGUGGAGUCCUUGCUACUGGUAACACAGUUUCAACUCAGGAUGGAGUCGUUGCUAUGUGUAACACAGUUUCAACUCAGGAUGGAGUCGUAUCAGGAGACACAGCUUCAACUCAGGGUGGAGUCCUUGCUACUGGUAACUCAGUUUCAACUCAGGAUGGAGUCGUUGCUAUGUGUAACACAGUUUCAACUCAGGAUGGAGUCGUUGUAUCAGGAGACACAGCUUCAACUCAGGGUGGAGUCCUUGCUACUGGUAACACAGUUUCAACUCAGGAUGGAGUCGUUGCUAUGUGUAACACAGUUUCAACUCAGGAUGGAGUCGUUGUAUCAGGAGACACAGCUUCAACGCAUGAUGGAUCCGUUGUUACUGAUUUCAAUGAUCAUUCUUACUUUGACCUUGGAAAAAUCGUUAAAAACAAAAUUGAUGUCCGUCACUUUAGUGAUAAUGAAAAGUGCAAAUAA